CCCAUUUGUCUCAUGCGGGGCAGGGAUUGGGUCCCACUCCCAGCCGAGUGUGUCCUGCAGCUUCACCUGGAUGCUGCGCGAACAUCCAUGCGUGGGUGAGGGAGGGGCACAGCCGCACGCCCCCGCCACUGCUGUGAUUUCGGAUUGCAACGCAAUUUUUGUAGAGGCGCCAUUGUCCCCUUGUCCAACCGAGCGGCGUGGAAGUGGAUUAACCGCGGCAGUCCGGCCAGAAUCAUGACGCAGGGCAAGCCUUUGCACGCUAACAAGACCCUCAGUGACUCAUCCAAUGGGCAGUACUCAGAGUCACCCGUUCCUCCCAGCUAUGAGGAAGCCACUGCAGGCACCAGUGAGUCUUGCUACAAUGAUGAGGAGAUGUUAUCAGAGUACACCUGGGAUGAUCGGAACAUCCGGAGGGUCUUCAUACGUAAGGUGUACACCAUCCUGUUCAUCCAAGUCUUGGUAACUCUGGCGAUCGUGUCUCUUUUCACUUUCUGUGAUCCCGUGAAGAAUUACAUUCAAACAAACCCCGGCUGGUACUGGGCCUCUUAUGGGGUGUUCUUUGUUACAUACUUGACUCUGUCUUGCUGCCGUGCACCGAGGAGACGGUUCCCAUGGAAUCUGAUCCUGCUUGCCAUCUUUACCCUCUCGCUGUCCUACAUGACAGGGAUGCUGUCCAGCUUCUACAACACCAAGUCGGUGAUAAUGUGUCUGGGCAUCACCACUGCGGUCUGUCUCCUUGUCAUAUUCCUGAGUUUCCAAACAAAGAUUGACAUAACAUCAUACCAAGGUGUGCUCCUUAUCUUCUGUAUGGUCAUGUUCAUCUCUGGACUGGUGCUUGCUGUUGUCCUUCCCUUUCAAUAUGUGCCCUGGUUGGAUACCACCUAUGCUGUUUUGGGAGCUAUAUUGUUCACCAUGUUUUUGGCAUUUGACACCCAACUCCUCAUGGGCAACAGGCAGUACAGCAUUAGCCCAGAAGAAUACAUCUUUGCCACGCUCAGCAUCUACCUAGACGUAAUCUACAUCUUUUCUUUCUUCCUCCAAAUAUUUGGAACAAGACGGGAGUAAAACAACAAACUCUAGGGAGCCACAAGGAUUAAUUUUAGUACCGUAAAUGUUGGUCACGAGGUAAUCAGAGUCAUAGCAUUUUGGUAGCUGUGGUGACAAAUCCCUGAGUUGUCGCUCCAACAUUUGUUUGCUGGAUAUUGUGAAACCUGUACUGUGAACCUAUGCACACAUCUGUCAGCAUGCUGUUUGUAUGUUGUGGAGUGCUAACAGCAAACACCAAACAGCAAACAACCAAUUCUUCAGUGAUCACACCCUCUGGAUGCAUGCCUUUAGAUUUGAGUCUUCAUACUGGAUUCAAACACCAUUUUGAAUCAAUUAAGGAUGUGCAGUUCAUCAUGCAUGACUCUAAAAAUGUACAGUAUAUGCCGAUGCACAAGGUACUGUAUAUUGCCAUUCAAUUAUCAGACCGGAGUUAUUCAAACGAUUUCAUUUUAAUUUUGAGCGGUCAAUUAUGUUUUGUUCAUAAGAAACACCUUCACCGUGGAUGUGGAUGUAAGAGGUGGCUUAUUGCCAUGUCUAAUGUUGAAAUGUAAUCGAGCAAUUUGUGUACCCGUGCUCAAUUUUCAACAUUUUUGCAUUCUGAUUUGUUUGGGUGGCACAUUAUUCUAGAGGUUAGCACAUCUGCCCCACAAUUCUAGAUUAUCUUUGGGUUUGACUGAGAGAAUGAUUUAUUGUUUGUCUAUCCAGUAGUUGACCUGUAAUUGGCUGGCGACCAGUACAGGGUGUGCCCUUCCUCUCAUCUAAAAUCAGAGGAGAUUGACUCAAGCGCACCUGUGAUCUUAAUGAGGAUAAGAAGAGCAAGCACUACAGAAAAUGGAUGGAUGGAUGGAUUGGUUAUUUGAUAAAUCAGAUCACGCAGUUCUUACACUAGUGCCAUUGACAAAUGCCUGAGCUUGAGGAAGGCUGAUGCGAUAGAAUUUUAACUUUAGUUUUCUAUGACAGAACUAUAUAUAUUUCAGAAAACAGGAGUGUAAAGCAUGAAGUUUAUUUUCGAAAGUCAAGUGAAGUGGCCGUGGAAUUAACUAUGUUGAAUGCAGUAUAAAGUGUGAGCACUGCAUUUCAUUGUAGUGUUACAGUUUUUCAUUAUUAAACAUUUAAUGUGCACAAA